AUGUCGCCUCUCGAACCAGAUCAGCCAGUACGCCGGCUGUUAGCGUAUCCGCCUCUCGACCCAAGCAAAGAGGAGAUACGCCUGAUCACUCUGCACCCGCCAUUGAAAGAUGACUCCUCUUUGCGAUGCACAUUCUCUCACACCUCGUUAUCGUUUGGUACGGGCACUGCUCUGAAACUUCCGUCAUACGGGACGCUCUCAUAUGUGUGGGGAGAGCCAGAUUUUUCGGAUUCCAUCAUCGUGUACAACCAGCAGCUACUUGUUACACACAAUUUGACAUCAAUAUUAUGCAACUUCAGACAAAAAGAAAAACCACGGCUAUUCUGGAUUGACGCAUUCUGCAUCAAUCAGCAAGACCUUUACGAACGAGCCCAGCAGGUGGAAUUAAUACGGAAGGUGUACUCUUCGUGCCGACGCGUUCUCGCUUGGGUUGGACCGACACAGAUGGAUAUUCGUGGAGUCCCCUUUGAGCAUUUGAACCUGGAAACGGAACACUGGCGCACGCAAGAGGAACAUCUACAGCGUCUCGAGAAAGGCGAACUAGACCAUCUCAAAGAGCAACAACAGCAGUUCAACAUACUGAAGGAGUGGUGGUGGCAGCGAUGGAAUUACUGCGAAAGAUAG